ACCUUGGUAUCUGAAAACUGCGUGACAAGGAGUGAUGCUACCCCGAUGGGAACUGUCUCUUUACCUGCUUGCCUCACUUGGCUUCCACUUCUAUUCUUUCUAUGAGGUUUACAAAGUCUCCAGAGAACAUGAAGAGGAACUGGACCAAGAAUUUGAGCUGGAGACUGAUGCUUUAUUUGGAGGACUGAAGAAGGACCCGACAGACUUCGAGUGGAGCUUCUGGAUGGAAUGGGGGAAGCAGCGACUGGUAUGGCUUCUCCUUGGUCAUGUGGCAGUGUCUCAAAUGGCCAUGCUGUUUGCAAGGAAGCACAGACCCUGUAUUCUCAUGGUCUAUGGAGUGUGGGCCUGCUGGUGUGCACUGGGGGCCCCAGGUGUGGCCAUGGUUUUUCUCCAUACCAUCAUCUCCUUCUGUGUGGCCCAGUUCCGGUCGCUGCUCUUGUCAUGGCUCUGUUCUCUCCUCCUGCUUUCCACACUGAGGCUGCAAGGUGUGGAGGAAGUUAAGAGAAGGUGGUACCAGACAGAAAACGAGUACUACUUGCUGCAGUUCACGCUGACCGUUCGCUGCCUCUACUACACAAGCUUCAGCCUUGAGUCAUGCUGGCAGCAGCUGCCCGCUGAACGUGCCUCCUACUCCUUCCCCUGGAUGUUGGCCUAUGUCUUCUAUUACCCAGUCUUCCACAAUGGGCCCAUCCUCAGCUUCCCAGAGUUCAUCAAACAGAUGCAGCAGCAAGAGCACUGCUCCUUGAAGUCCACCCUCUGCAUCCUGGCCCUGGGGCUGGGUCGCCUCCUUUGCUGGUGGUGGCUGGCAGAGCUGAUGGCACACCUGAUGUACAUGCAUGCCAUCUACAGCAGCACCACACUUCUGGGGGCCGUCUCUUGUUGGACUUUAGGAGGACUGGGGUUGGCCCACGUGCUCUUCUUCUAUGUGAAGUACUUGGUGCUCUUUGGCAUCCCAGCCCUGCUCAUGCGCCUGGAUGGACUCACACCACCACCCCUGCCGCGCUGUGUGAGCACCAUGUUCAGCUUCAGGGGCAUGUGGAGGUAUUUUGAUGUUGGACUGCAUAAUUUCCUAAUUCGGUAUGUGUACAUUCCAGUGGGCGGGUCCCAGCAUGGCCUGCUUGGGACACUGUUUUCCACCGCGAUGACGUUUGCAUUUGUGAGCUACUGGCAUGGCGGGUACGACUAUCUCUGGUGCUGGGCUGCACUCAACUGGCUGGGAGUCAUUGUGGAGAAUGGAGUUCAGAGGCUGGUGGAGACCCCGUGCGUCCAGGAUGGCUUGGUCCGGUUUCUCUCCCCACGAGCUCGCCGCCGAUGCCACGCCGCCCUUGCAUCUUGUUCCACCUCAAUGCUGAUCCUGUCCAACCUGGUGUUCCUCGGAGGAAACCAAGUUGGGAGAACCUACUGGGACAGGAUCUUCAUACAAGGCUGGCCGUGGGUGACCCUCUCUGUCCUGGGAUUCCUGUACUGCUACUCGCACGUGGGCAUUGCCUGGGCCCAGACAUACGCUGUGGAAUAA